AUGUUCAGUUUCUGCUUCAACUUCCACGUUACAGUUCAGUUUUAUGUUUGUUUUCAGGGUUUGGAGCUCAGAGGACCGUAUGACAUCAUCAACCUAGGUCAGCUGUUCGGUUUGUUGGACUCGGACUCUAAAGAGUCCAUCUCCUCAACGUGCAGAACUGUUUUACUGCAUGCAGAAACCAGGAAGACAGCCAGCGGUGUCAUGUACACCACAAGGAUCCAGCAGAAGGUGCCACAGGACCCAAAAGACGGUGAAGCUCCUGCAGCAAAAAGAGCCAAAGCCACCUGACUGAGUGAUUGGCAGCUGAGGAGGCGGGGUCUUUGUUCAAGUUUUUUGUUUUGUUUUCUCUGUGAAACUGAUGUUCUGGUUUUGGAUCUACAAGUAGAAUAAAAAGUAUUUUUUGUUCUUA